UUUCACCUCACAGUCGAGACCCGAUUAACAGGAUCGGGGUCAUUUUUUUUUAAAAACUCAUGUAUCUCUGUCCAACUUUAAAUGAAGCUACCUGAAACAAACACACACACACACACACACACAGAGCUAAUGAUGGUGAUGGACACGUUCCUGAGAGGCAUCCUGUCUAACGAGAAAAUGGCAGGUGUGUUUUCUUACGAGAGUUCUGAAGUAGACUGGUGUGAAGACAACUACAAGCACUCUGAGAAUGUUGUAGAGUACUUUAACACAAUGAGCAGCUUCAUCUUUUUCGUGGUAGCUCCUAUAAUGCUCUACCUGCUACACCCGUAUGCUAAGGAGAGGAACUUGGCCGUGCACCUGGUGUGGCUCAUGAUGAUCUUCGUGGGUCUGUUCUCCAUGUACUUCCACAUGACCCUGAGCUUCAUGGGACAGAUGUUGGACGAGCUCUCCAUCCUCUGGGUUUUAGCCAUCGGCUACUCUCUCUGGUUUCCACGCAAACAUUUUCCUCACUUUGUUAAAGACAGGACGUCGUUCUCUCACAUGGUCAUGGUGAGCACCAUCAUCACCACGCUGCUGUCGUUUGUCAAGCCCACUGCCAACGCCUACGCCCUCAACUUCUUCGCUCUGCACAUCCUGUACUCCGUGUGUGUGGAGCUUAAGAGCUGUACAGACCAGCGGGUGCUGCGUUUGGCGCGCGCCUCCAUCGGCCUCUGGGUGCUCGCCAUCUCCUGCUGGAUCAGCGACCGCUUCGGCUGCAGCUUCUGGCAAAAGCUCAACUUCUGCUACCUGCACGGCAUCUGGCACAUCCUGAUCGUGGUUGCUACGGCGUACGCCAGCACGCUCAUCGCCUACCUGGACGCCAGCGUGGAGAUCCCCUACUCUCACCCUGACCUGCAGUACUGGCCUCGAGAUAACUGGGCUCUCGGGCUGCCUUACAUUGUCCUCAAGGCCACGCCCAAGACACAGAAAAGUUGCUAGUUGAAAGACGUCAAUAAGAAGAAAAGGACAGUGUUGGUUCGUGGAGAAUGAAGGAGGGUGUUUUUUUUGUGUUGUUUUUUGUUAAUUUUUUUUUUUUUGCUGCCUCACUGAAACACUGUAAAUCCUGCAUAACUUGAUAUCCAUGAUAGUCUUUACAAUCAGGAUUUUGUGUGUGUGCGUGUGUGUGUGUGCGCAUGAGUGAUUCACACUACUUGACUCACCUAGCCACCUGUGUGUGUGUGUGUGUGUGUGUGUGUGUGUGUGUGUGUGUGUGUGUGUGUGUGUGUGCGUGUGUGUGUGAGAGAGUGAGUGAGAGAGAACACUGUUUGACUCACCUAGCCACCUGUGUGUGUGUGAGAGUGAGUGAGAGAGAACACUAUUUGACUAACCUAUCCACCUGUUUGUGUGUGUGUGUGUGUGUGUGUGCGCGUGUGUGUGAGAGUGAGUGAGAAAGAACACUAUUUGACUCACCUAGCCACCUGUUUGUGUGUGUGUGUGCGUGUGUGUGUGUGAGUGAGUGAGAGUGAACACUAUUUGACUCACCUAUCCACCUGUUUGUGUGUGUGUGUGUGUGAGAGAGAGAGAGAGAGAGUGAGUGAGAAAGAACACUAUUUGACUCACCUAGCCACCCGUUUGUGUGUGUGUGUGUGUGUGUGUGUGUGUGAGUGAGAGUGAACACUAUUUGACCCACCUAUCCACCUGUUUGUGUGUGUGUGUUUGUGUGUGUGUGUGAGUGAGAGUGAACACUAUUUGACUCACCUAUCCACCUGUUUGUGUGUGUGUGUGUGUGUGUGUGUGUGUGUGUGUGAACACUAUUUGACUCACCUAUCCACCUGUUUGUGUGUGUGUCUGUGUGUGUGUGAGAGAGAGAGAGUGAGAGAGAACACUAUUUGACUCACUUACUGUAGCACUUAACUUGUGUGUGUGUGUGUGUGUGUCUGUGUGUGUUAAAUGCUAAUGCCGAGUGUGAUGUGGAUCGAGACGAGUUGUGUUUAUCCUCAGAAUCUGUGUUUAUCCGAUAAGAGUUUGUCUACAUUCUAUAUGUGUGUUGAUGUUGAUUUGUGUUGAUGUGCAGAAUGUGAACUGCUUUGACGGCCUGUUUGACAUUCAGCGUUUCUUACCGGAGCGACGAUGAUUCACUCGCUGUUUAUAUGUCAGGAAUAAAAGACUCGGGGUUGUGCUGAUGUAGGAAAAUAAUCAGAUCCUGGGGAGAAUUUUCACUACACAUGAGCAUGUGGAAUUGUUGUAAUGAUAAGGUGAAGGUUUUAUUUAAAGACAUGUUUAACAUAGUCCAUUAACAUAGAAGGAGUCUCCAGUGUCAGAGGUAAAGCUGUCAGGAAUCUUUCAUUAUUAACCCAUCACCUCCAGCAUCCUGUUAGUAAAUAAAUAAAUACAUAAAUAAAUAAUGAGAGGGAAAAUAAAAGAAGAAGAUAAUGCAAGCAAUAACAGGAAAUUGUUUUUAUGGUUGUUCCAUAACAAUAAAUCUAGCUAUAAAUGGAUAAUAAAUAAAUAUCAAGGAUUGAUAUUUAUGGAUGGAAGAAAAAGUACUAGUCACUGAGUCCCAGUGAAAACAGCCAAAAAACAUUCAUUCAUUCAUUCAUCUUCUACCGCUUAUCCAAACUACCUCGGGUCACGGGGAGCCUGUGCCUAUCUCAGGCAUCAUCGGGCAUCAAGGCAGGAUACACCCUGGACGGAGUGCCAACCCAUCACAGGGCACACACACACACACACUCUCAUUCACUCACGCAAUCACACACUACGGACAAUUUUCCAGAGAUGCCAAUCAACCUACCAUGCAUGUCUUUGGACCGGGGGAGGAAACCGGAGUAACCGGAGGAAACCCCUGAGGCACGGGGAGAACAUGCAAACCCCACACACACAAGGUGGAGGCGGGAAUCGAACCCCCAACCCUGGAGGUGUGAGGUGUGAACGUGCUAACCACUAAGCCACCGUGCCCCCUGCCAAAAAACAUACAAUAUAAAAUUAUAACUGUGGAAAAAUAUAACUUAGACUAGACAGAGCAACAGUAAAGAGCAUCAGUAGAAUGGAAACAGAACAAAAAGUGGAUAAUAAAGUGUACAUUCUUGUUAUUGCACACGUGAGAUGGCAGUGUAAGGCUAUUAUUGCACAUGAAAAGAUAUCAUUGUAAUUAUUAGCAGAUUUCUGAGGCGUAAGAGAAAUUAAAGCUAUAAUGAAUAAUAAUUAGCUCUGGUGUGAGAACGGUGUCUCUGCUUCAUCACAACACCCUGUUGUUGUUUUUUUUUUCUGACAACAGCACAGCCAAGUGUUUUAUUUCCUACAUGUACUAAUAAACACCUAAAAAAUACCACAAAUUAAAUAAAAAAUGUCAUUCUUAAUCAA